CUCGCGCGAACCGAUCUCAUUGACUGCUUCCGCGAUCUCUGCGCAUUGAGAAGCUGGCCUGAGGUUCCCAAUCGGAGCUCCCACCCAUCCAUUGGUCGGAGUGAGACAUACAACCGCUCCGGAAACGUCUUGCAGGUUUCACCAAGCCCCAUGUGUCUCAAUCUGAUGCGUCCAUUCCUGCGUUUAGAACAAACGUAUGACAGGCGCAAGCAAGAUGCUCCCUUUUGAUAUACCCACUUCGUACAUGCUGAGCAUGGACUUUGGAAUCAGAGGGUCCAUGAUUGGGAUAGAAAAUUGACGCUCUGCUCUUCAACGUUGUACAUUCUACCUCUGAUCUGCCUUUUGUCAACUAUAGGCAGUGCACCCGCUGGACGGUGGUUAGAUAUACCCUCUACAAGCCUCAGGACGGCUCAGCGCGGGUCGCACAGCCCCCAUCAAGUAUAAUGUCCGACUCGACCACUGUCCGACCUAAACGGUCUUGCCGACCUCGACCUAAGCGCAGGCGCUUUUCGACUCUCUCGAAACGUAUCAUGAUGUCUCCUCCUCAAUCUUUCUUAGACGCUACAGCCAUCUCCAAUCCCCCUCAACAAUUCACAAACCCACUGGUCUUUGGGCAAAAUGGUCAAGCGUCGAUCGUCAGUGAUGAUGAUCCCCCUGCUUCGCCUCUGCAGCAGCAGCAGCCGCCCAACAACGCUCAGCCACAGUCUGGUCCUCAGAACGCGGUUCAAAAGGGAAUGAACAAUGCCCAGCCUGUCGCUCAGAACACACCGGCAACGACUCAAGAAUCACCUCAGGCGACUCAACCUGCCACUAGUCCAUCCACCGAUGCGCCUACAACACAGCUGCAGACGGACACCGAGACCCAAGGCAGCGCCACCAUGUCUCCAAGCGAGGCAUCACCCUCCGUCACAGUCUCCACUUCGCUUUCUGUCGACACAACCUCGACCUCCAUCACAUCCUUGAUUCCUUCCAGCUCGAUGACUGCCUCAAUGUCCAGCUCCUCGUCAAUCUCUUCCUCCUCGAGCCUCUCGACAAGCUCGACAAGCUCCGCCUCUGCGUCCGCUGCGGCUUCUGCAUCCGCAGCUUCGACCGCUAACAGCUCCGCCAAACCAUUCACCGAUUCCGCGCUCUUUGUGGUCGUCUGUGUCCUGGGAUCGUUGAUCGUCCUUUCCGUCGUCGCGACAUCACUUUCGUGGAUCUUUCGACGGUCAGCUUGUGGUUGUCCUCCAUGUGGUGGUAGACGCAAACGAGAUGCGGAUGAUGGUCUUUCGGACGUGGUGUACUCGUUUCAUUCACAUUCCCGAAGUACGAGUUUGAGCCGAAGAGCCAGUUCGGGGAUCGGUCUUGGUUUCGGAGGAAUCAGUAUGAACGGGUCCACUAUCAGUGGACCCGGGAUGGCAGGCGUAGGCAUGGGUCCCGGUGGUGUUAUCCCGAAUGCCUUUUCCGAGAAGGAUGGAGGGGUACAUAGACGUUCAACUAUGCUCGCCAGCUUUCCGGAGAACUCAAAAUUCCUCCAUACGGGUGACGCAGAGGGAUUCCCCGCCCUGCAUGAUAUCGGCAAUGUAAGGAGUGAAAGCGAGAUCCAUGGAUCAGACGGCCAGAUCAUGCAAGGUCAAGAUGGCAUGUUGUGGAAUGUCCCUCUCACACCGGCCAUGAGAAACCUCCAACCUAUGCAAGACGAUCAGUCCGUAGUGGAUCAAGCUGGUCGUUAUGCCAGUACGGGUCCUUUGGAAAUUCGAAACCUGUCCCCGGGUGACCUGGAUCGACGAUCGACCAUCUUGAGUUGGGCGAAUCGAUCUGCAGCGGCUCCUAGAGGGCAUGAUGGCAUGUCGAGGAUGAAGACCGUCGACGAGGAAGGAUUCGCAGAUGUGUCUGAUGAUCAUUCAGAACUCCGGACACUUCCCAGUCGUGCUUCUUCUUCCCGGUUGAGCGUUCCAAACUUUUCUGCCCCUGAAGCCCGAGAAUACUUGCCCUCCGCAUACUCUUCACCAUCCGAUACGAUCAUCGAUCUUCGACCCGGUCGGAGAAGUGAUACCCUCAUCAGCAGUAUCAAAUAUACCGAGUCGGAAUCUCCAUCCAGGGCAGGUACAUGGGCAUCGAAUCUAAGAGAUACGCUAUUUGCCGCAAUCCAAAGUGACGCUCGUGGUAAAGCUGGGGGAAUGAUUGACGAAGAGGCCGAUGGAUACACGAGAUCAGUCGGACCUAUUGGACAAUCCAGACGAUCCAUCAAUCGAGUUGGUCCGCGAUCAUCGGUCGUUGAAGGACAGGACGAAAAGGACCUGUCGAGUUACUAUUUGCAGCCUACUUUAUCGAGUUCCACUAUUUCGACCCUGGGACCAAGACAGAGUAUGACGAGGACCGCUCCCUUGAGGCAGAGUCGACGGUUCCAGGGUGACGACGCAUUACCUGGGAGAAGAUAUUCAGCGAGCUAUGGCAGGUCCAUGGCUGGUAAUGAGGUAUACUAG